AUGUCUGUCUACGUUAUCACAGGGGUGUCCAAGGGAAUCGGAUUCGAGUUCCUUAAGCAGCUGUCGGAAGACAAGAACAACCUGUUUGUCGGUAUUGUCCGUGACAAGGUUGGAACUGAGAAGAAGAUUGCGGCCGAGCUAGGCGAGCGCCCCAAUGUGCACAUUCUCCAGGGAGACCUCACCAAGUACGCCACACUAAAGGCGGCGGCCGCUGAGGUUGCCAAGAUUGUUGGCGACCGUGGCAUUGACUACUUGGUGGCCAAUGGUGGCCUUGUGCCUUCUUUCGAUGCCUACGGGCCUGUCAGUGCACUGGCCGACAAGGUCGAGGAGACCGAUGCUGGUGCCGCUGAGACGUUCGCGACCAAUGUCACUGGCAACCUUCACCUCUUCAACCUCCUCGUUCCUCUGGUGAAGAAGGGCAAGGCCAAGAAGGUCAUUACCAUUUCGUCUGGUGUUGGCGACGUCGACUUGACCAACCAGUGCGAGAUUGAUGUUGGCCCCAUCUACGCUGCCUCCAAGGCCGCCAUGAACAUUAUCGUGGCCAAGUUCAACGCCGAGUACAAGAAGGACGGUAUCCUCUUCUUGGCCAUCAGCCCUGGCUUGGUAGAGGUUGGCCGUUAUGCAGAUGCUACGCCCGAGCAAAUGGCUGGCAUGAUGGGAUUUGUAGGCAAGCUCGCAGUGUAUGCACCUGAUUUCAAAGGCCCCAUCACUCCUGAGGAAUCGGUCAAGGCUGUUCGCUCAGUUUGGGAGAAGGCUAGCAUUGAGGAUGGAUACGGUGGUGCCUUCAUCUCGCACCUGGGUAACAAGCAGUGGGUCUAA